AUGGCAGCCGCGAAUUCGGUGAGCGAUGAAUUCGCCAUCCUCCCCAUUCGCAUGCCCGCCGUCCCCUCCUUCCCAACAACCGCCGUGCACGAGAUCAGGAUACGACGAAAUGCUCCCAACGUUCCCACUGCGGACGACUCCCGCAGCCUUUUCCUGAAGAAUGUGCCUGCCGACAGCACAGAAGCCCACUUCAGAGCCGUUUUCACCGCCCUUGUCGGCGCGGGACGAUUCGAGACGAUCAAAUUCGACGACGAGCCGACUGCCGUCCUCGCGGUCGACCCUGCGCACGCCGCCAAGGUAGCAGGGUUUGCGCGAAAGCGGAAGAGGGCAGAUUUGGAGGCGGAGGAGCUUGCGCGCGAAGAGGAGGCGGUGCGGCUCCCUGAGAUCUGGACCCGCCGGUUACAUCGAAGCAGCGGCACCGCGGUCGCGCUGCUCGCCGACGAGAAGAGCGUGCAGCUCGUCCUCAAGGCUAUUGCCAAGCUCCAGAAGACGAAGAAAUACCCGGUCUGGGGCGAGAAUGUCGGAGACGAUGUCCCUCCGCUGGGCGCCACAUGGGUGUCCACCCACCUGCAGCUAUGCCGCGUCGACAAGACGGCCACGCAACAGGCAGUGCACGCAUUCUUCAACGCCUUCAACCGCAAGGAGAAGGAGGCCGCCGAGAUGGCCAAGAGGCUACGCAACGAACCGGACGAGGACGGCUUUGUCACUGUAACGCGCGGCGGCCGCGUGGCGCCGGCGAGCAAGAGCGAGGCCGAGGAGGCCAAGCAGAAGAUGGUCGACAAGCAGCAGAAGAAGAAGGCGGAGAUGAAGGACUUUUACAGGUUCCAGCUGCGGGAGAGGAGGAAACAGGAGCAGGCCGCCCUGAUAAGGAGAUUCGAGGACGACAAGAGAAAGGUCAACGCCAUGAAGGAGAAGAGGGGCAAGUUCAAGCCGGAGACGUGA